UCGCGCAGCCGGCCGCCCGUCCCGCUGUCGCAGGCGCCGCCCUCGUCCUCGCUGGCGUCGCUGCCGCCGCCGCCGUCCAGCAUGCGCGACGCCGCCUGGCCGCGACCCGAGCCGGCGGUGACGAUGACGAUGAAGGCGGGCCUGUCGCACGACAUUCCCGCGCUGCUGCUGGACCACCAGCAGCGCUGGUUCACGGGCUGGGGCGACGAGGAGGAGCAGGUCGAGCAGGGGUGGGGCAACGGCGGCGGCGACGACGACAGGCCGCCGCGCGUCGGCAACCCCAAGACGCCGAGCCUGGGGCUCGUGUGGUCGACCCAGGUCGCCGCCCGCCUCGCCCUCAUCAAGCGGCCCAUCCUGCCGGGCGAGAGGGAGGAGAUCGGGAGGCCGGACGGGGACGCGGGGGCAGGAGGAGGAGGGGGAGGAGGCACAGCCAACAACAGCAGUCCGCUGCGCACGUGGCGGCGCUGGAUGAAGGUCGUCUUCGCGCCACACGCGCCCGAGUCCGGCCCGGGCCUGGACGGUGCCGUCGAGUUCGACAUCACCCCCGCCGGCCUGCGCGGGUUGCCGCCGCCGAGGGGUCGGGCGAGGACCGGGAAGAAGAGGAAGCGGGCGGCCGAGGGCUGACGAGGCCCCUCCCUCGCCAGCGACGGUGAGUCGGGGUCACGACAUUGGAACAUGUGCGCGUGCCGUGUGGGCAUCACCGACUGCGGCCCGUGUGGCGGCGGGACUCUGGAUUACGAGCAAGCGAUACCAUUUCUGUUCUUUUUUUUAUUCGUUUCUUCUUGUACAACCGGCGAGGGAUUGUUUGGCAUAUACACCAGGAUAGACCUAGCACUCGGAUGAAUACGACCGAUAGACCCCCCAUUGCCAGGCAGUAUGCUCCCCACUCCACUUCAACAAGAGCAAGGUAAGGUCAGCACCCUUCUCAGCCCCUUCUUAGAACCUUCGCUUCACAGCACACAGGUGAACGAACCCGCUCAGUCGAGAGAAAAGCCCCAUCUCGUUUUUGCAAGAGUCCCUAGAGAGCCUCUGCUUUCCUACGUACGUUACAUAGACUACAUUGAUUGUGUGUGCCGUUCCCAUUUCCUCCCUCCUCUCAUCCAUCCUCAAAAUGACGAAACCACCUUUCCCA